GGCAGCACCUCCACCCCGCCACCCCGCCGCAAUGGUCUUGGCCCGGCUCCUGCCGUUCCUGUCGCUGUUGCUGCUGCUCGAGGUCCCCGAGGUGGCGCGCGCGUCCCCGCCAGGAGCGCUCCCCGAGGUGGCGGCCGCCUGCAAGGCUGGCGUCCUGUGCCCACGGGUGCCCGUCAAGAACCCGGACCCACAGCCUGUCAAUAUCAGCCUCUACUAUGAGUCACUGUGUGGUGGCUGCCGGGGAUUCCUGGUCCGCGAGCUCUUCCCCACAUGGCUGAUGGUCAUGGAGAUCAUCAAUGUCACUUUGGUGCCCUACGGGAACGCCCAGGAACAAAAUGUCAGCGGCAAGUGGGAGUUCACGUGCCAGCAUGGGGAGCGUGAGUGCUUUCUCAACAAGGUGGAGGCCUGCCUGCUGGACAAGCUGGAGAAGACUAUAGCCUUUCUAACCAUCGUCUGCAUGGAGGAAAUGGAUGACAUGGAAAAAAACCUGAAGCCCUGCCUGCAGAUCUAUGCCCCGGAGGUGUCCUCAGACACCAUCACAGAGUGCGCAACGGGGGACCGCGGCACACAGCUCAUGCAUGCCAAUGCCCAGCUGACAGAUGCUCUGCAGCCACCGCACCAGUAUGUGCCCUGGGUCGUCGUCAAUGGGAAGCCCAUGGGCCAACAGGACGAGCUCCUGAGCCUUGUUUGCCAUUUGUACCAGGGUGAGAAGCCAGAUGUCUGCCAAAUUGGAGCCAGGUCUCAGAGGGAAGUCUGUUUGCAGUGACUUCGGUGAAAACCCGGCUGCCCCCCUUUUUCUGAUCCCCACCUCACGGCACCUGGAAAACUUCUGUGUAUGAAGCCUUGACUCAGAAUCUCACCCCAAGGUUAAGAAUCUUGCCCCUCUGAGAAUGGUGCUAAAUUAAAACUCCUUAAAUAAA